ACAUUUUCAUCACCGAAAAACAAUCAAAUAUUUUCUGUUUGACAUCACUGACAUUCGAGAUUUUGUUAAUUAUCAACUUUGGGUUGGAAUUAAAAACACAUCCAGGCAACGACGACAAAUAUCAACAAAUUAGUGAUUCAUACGCCCCGAAAAUAACGGCAGAAAGCAGUGAAAUUUCCGAUUAGAACAACGAUUAAACGAAAAAAGAACAAAUAUGGCAGCGGAAAUUAAGCCAUCACCCAAGCGCAAUGAACGUUUUAGCACGAAAAAACCUGAACUGUUGAGCAAAUUGGAGGGCAGUGCCGAUGACAUUAAUGCAGCUAUACUAAUACCGGGUGAAAAUGGUGUUAUUAGCGUUUCGGAUGACAAGACCAUACGUGUGUGGCUGAAACGAGACUCGGGCCAAUAUUGGCCCAGUAUUUGUCAGUUUAUGCCCAGUGGCUGCACUUGCCUGUACUAUUUGCAGGAAACGCGUCAACUGUUUGUGGGCCAAGAGAAUGGCACCGUGACAGAGAACACGUUAUCGGAGGAUUGUAAUCGUCUGACAUUUUGCCGGGAUCAUUUGGCUCAUCAGGCCCGCGUCAUGGCAGUGGUCUUUUCGAAAGCCCACAACUGGGUUUUGUCUUGCAGUAAGGACAAAACAUUUGCAUAUCACUGCUCCGAGACCGGCAAGAAGAUUGGACAGUACAAUUUUGAGACACCCUGUACGGCUUUGCAGUUCGAUGCCUUGGCCAAAUAUGCAUUUAUUGGUGAUCAUGCUGGCCAGAUAACCAUGUUGCGUUGUGACGCCCAGGGAGGGGUGCAGCUGAUAACCACCUUCAAGGGCCACACAGCAGCCAUACGCUGCCUGAAAUGGGUUGAGGGGCCGCAGCUGUUGUUCAGCGGUGCCUGUGACCAGUCGGUGAUUGUGUGGGAUGUGGGCGGUAAACGUGGCACAACCUACGAACUGCAAGGCCACAAAAACAAGGUCACCUCCCUGGCCUAUGCCAAUCACACACAACAAUUGAUAAGCUGUGGCGAGGAUAAUGUCGUUGUAUUCUGGGAAAUGAAUGCCAUGCGCAAAGAAGUUCCUAAUUGGGUUGAAUCCAACAGUUGUCAGAUCUGUAGCCGUCCAUUUUUCUGGAAUUUCCGUUCGAUGAUGGAUCAAAAACAAAUCGGUUUGCGUCAACACCACUGCCGCAACUGUGGCCGGGCCAUAUGCGAUAAUUGCUCGCAGAAUCGCAUCAACAUACCCAUAAUGGGUUUUGAGUUUGAUGUGCGUGUCUGCAAUGCCUGUUACAACGAACUGCAAACGGUGGAGCGACCAUCAUUGGCCUCCUUCCACGAUGCCAAACACUCAAUUGUCUACAUGGACUUGGAGGAGGAGCGAAAACGUUUGCUGACCGUUGGUCAGGAUCGUGUUAUUAAGAUUUGGGAUCUAAAUACAAUUUGGGAUUAAAACAUUUUUUCAUGACACACCACGACAUGGUAGUUCUAUAAUUCGAAAUUAUGGAUGCGAUACGAAAAGAAGGACGAUUUAUAUCCCUAUUAUAUAUUUACAAAACAAAAAAAAUAAGAAAAAUUAUAAACGUGUGUAGAAAACGAAAGAAAUCUUUAUAAACUAUUAUUAAAUAAUGUAAAUAAAGUAUUAAUAUUUAAGGACUGAAAAAUCAACAAAAUCAAAUGUUCUAUAUAUAAAUGAUAUAUAUAUAAAGAAAUUGGUGUUUCUUUUUCUAAUAAAAAUUAAAAGAAAAAUGAA